UUUCAGACUGGAGCAUUCGUUCAGAAGACGGAUGGAGCUCGACGUGGAAUCAACCAGCAUAACACAGUUGAGAAGUCACUGUGAAACAUGUUUCCCGUUGAUGGAAGAAGUGGUUCCGCGACGUGAAAGAUAUGUCGAUUUGCUGGAGUUUUCGAAUUUCAAUGGAAUUCCUUAUCCAGUUGUCGAUCCUUCCAGAAAGCCGAGAAGAUUUCUAGCCGAUUUUAGGUACUCAUGGUCAAUUCCGCUAAUUCAUCAUUACCCUAAUGUCGAGAAAGAUGUAUUGUCUUCUAAACGAGUUCAUCGAGUGAUUUCCAAGUUAAAAGAGCAAAAUGAUGAGCAAAAGAAUCGUGCUGUCCAGUUUUUCACUGAAAUAAGUGCUCGUUUGUCAAAGUUCAUAUGCAAAUGUUGUUCCUAUGUGUUGUACAAAGUUUUUCGACGGUUAAUGGAUAAACUGCUAGUUUGUAAAGAAGAAAUGGAGGUUUUAUAUGAAGCAGAACAGGCAUUCCAAUGGUAUAUCUUCCACUUCAUAGAAGCCACCUCGAUUACUUGCUCAUAACCUGGUGCAAUUGGCAUUUCGGGCUGAAACUUCCACACAUUGCUUCUGGUGAUAAUCUGAAUCUAUCUGGUCUUGGAUGGCUUCUUCGAGCGACUGGAGCAUUUUUUAUCCGUCGACGAGUGGAUCCAGAUGAUGAACGAGGAAAAGAUCAGCUGUAUCGAGCGAUUCUACAUUCUUACAUUGAACAAGUGCUCAGUAAAGAUAUGCCCAUCGAGUUUUUCCUGGAAGGAACGAGGAGUCGAUUUGGAAAAGCGCUUACUCCGAAAAAUGGACUCAUUUCGAAUGUGGUUGAAGCUGUUCAACAUGGAUUCAUAAAGGAUUGCUAUUUGGUUCCGGUUUCCUAUACAUAUGACGCCGUCGUCGAAGGAAUCUUUCUACACGAACUCAUGGGAAUCCCCAAGGUUCGUGAGUCUGUGCUUGGAGUUUUUCGUGGAAUUUUCAGUGGAUUCAGCAAGUCGAAACAAUGUGGAGUUGUUAGAAUGCACUAUGGUCGGCCGAUUCGAUUAACAGAGUAUCUAGCCACGAUCACAGCGUCCCUUUCCUCAAACCAUCGUACUCGUCCAGUACGUAUGACCAAACUGUCCACUUCAUUUUCUUAUCGUGAACUUGUACCAUGGCAUCGCACACAUUCGGAGACUGUCGACGAUCGUACAAUGAUUCGUGCUAUCGGAUUCCAUGUUGUCUAUGAAGCCCAAAUGAUGUGUUCAAUCUCGCCGGUCGCUGUCGUCUCGUGUCUUCUGCUUGCCAAAUGGAGAGGAAAAGUUUCGCGGAGCACAUUUGAACGAGAUUGUGAAUGGCUUUGCGAGAAAAUAAUCGCCGAAGGUGGAGACGUUGUUGGAUAUCAAUCGAAGAAAACGAAAGGAAGUGCUCUGGUGAAAUAUGCUUUUGAGAAACUUGAAUCUUGUGUAGAAGUUACUGAUGAAUAUGUAUCGCCAAAGGAAUCCCACAGCUCGUUUAUUACAUUGGCGUAUAAUAAGAACUCUGUUAUCUGUCGAUUUUCCAUCAAAUCCGUUAUUGCUCUGACAAUCGUAUCGCGUCCGUCCGGUACCAAGCUAUCGAUUGAUCAAAUCGUAGAGGAUGCACUCUCCCUGUGUGACUGGCUUCAAUUUGAAUUCAUGUUUUGUCGACCAUGCGACAGUCUCCGCGAGCUUGUACACAACGUUCUUGGACAAAAGGAAUGGUCGGAUCCAAUUCACGGAUUUCUCAGAUCGGAAAUUGAAGAUGACGGAUUUCUGGAUGCUGGAGGCGCUCUAAAUAGUGGAACUCUACGGGUCCGAGACGCAAAAUCACGCGAAACAUUGCAAUUUUUCGCGAAUCUUGUUCGCCCAUUCGUUCAAUCGCUGUAUCUCAUUUCUUCAUUCGUCGUUUCUGAAAAAUGUCCAACGGAGCCAACAUCAGAUAACAAUAUUAUCCGUCAACUAUGUCAGCAAUCACUUGCCGGAGAUAUUGAUCUCCCGUUCGCGCCGCUUUUGGAAUCGAUCAAUUCGGAUUCAUUCAAAAAUGCGCUUCGAGUCUUGAAAGACAAAGGAUUAUUGCAACGAAGCACACCAAAUUCCACCGCCAGGAGCGGAAACUCUCGUCUUGCCGAAUUGAUUUCCAAUCUGGAACGAGUUUUGGAAGUCAAAUAGAUAGAUAUUCAUUGUAGUUUGCUAUAGUAUUUUCUUGUUUUGUUUUUGUGCAUUCAAUUUUUACGGUUUCUUCUCUGCUCAAAUUGAUAUUAUUAGAUAAUAAAUAUUCAGGUAAUUUUAGUAAAUCAUUUAAAAAAAAAGGAAAU